CGAAGGCCUCUGCACAUGGUGCACUGAAGCAUGAACCGUAAGAGCAUCUCGUUGUGGCAUUCUCUGCCCUUGUCCAUCAUCGCCGUCAUGGGACGUAAGUGCACAGAUCGGGUGCGUCCGAGAUGAACGAAUUGUGCAAGUGUUUCUGUGCAUGCUGCUAUCAGUAUCGACGUGGCAGAAUCGACGAGAGAUGAGGCGGAAGGCUAAAGGCAAACCCCUCCCGACAGGUCCGGCCAGCUGACCUCGCCGCUGUGAGGCGGAUGGAUGCGUCCAUCCAUUCAUUCAUUCAUUCAUGUGUCUUCUGUUGGUGUGUUGGGCGUUUCAGAGGCCGAGCGUCGCGAGAUAUUCGACGAGGGAGCGAGGGGGUGGGAUGCCAUGGUCUUCUGGGAUGAACUCGUAGGCACGGGGUGGCACCGCAGAGCACAAGACAACAGUGCAGAGCCACAUGGGCCAUUUAUUGAUUGUAUGUGUCUGUCCAUCUCUUCUUGUGCUGGGUGCGGUGCGGUGCGGUGGCUGCAUUGCAGAGUAUGAGUUUGACGAGUUGGAGGUUCGAGGUGAUUCGCCGGGCGUACGGCCACGUGCUGGAGGUGGCCGUCGGGACGGGCAGGAACUUCCAGUUCUAUGACCACACCAAAGUCAAAAGCAUCGUGGUGGGGGCUGGCAGCCACGAGGCAGUCAGUCACUUUGUCAGGCUCAUGAAUGAAACCUGCCUGGCUUGUGUGUGUGUCUGUCUGUCUGUCUGUUCCCCCGCCGGUGACUAGGCAGUGGACUUCAGUGAGGGCAUGCUUGAUGUAGCGGCAUCAAAAAGAAGUGAGCAACCCAACCGGCCUGCCCCUCCCUCUCUAUCUAUCUACUGUUGUGGUCCCUGGAUGCGAUGCGAUGCGAUGCGAUGCGUUGUUUGUGUGUGUUUGUUUCCACAGAAUACAUUCAUCAGGCCAUCCCCGUGCAGUUUGAGGUUGCCGACAUACUGCACUUGGACUUCCCAGACGACACGUUCGACACUGUCGUCGACACGUUCGGUAGGGAGCGACGUGUUCGAGCUAAAUGGACCACACACAAGAGUUCUCUUUGCCCGCAUUGCGUGACUGCGUGUUGCUUGCUUUGGAAGGCAUCUGCUCUUUUGAGAAGCCAGUUGAAAGCGUCAACGAGAUGGCGCGGGUAUGUCAAAGACAACCAAAGGAAUGCGAUUGGGUCCCCCCAUGGGUGAUGCCCGUGUGGUGUGUGUCUGUGUGGUGGUGUGUGUCUGUGGGUGUAGGUCCUGAAGCCCAAGGGAUCGGUAUUGCUGCUUGAGCACGGUUGUGGCACCUGGAAUUGGAUGAAUAUGCGGCUCGACAAGUUGCUGGCCGAGCACGUCCACAAAUAUGCAUGCUAUCACAACAGGUCAGGUGACUAUAUGACGACAGCGAAACGCAUAUAUGGGAAGAGUGGUUGAUUCAUACCAUCCAUCGGUUGUGUGGUGUUGUGUGGUGUCCAGGCCGAUCGACCAGAUAGUGCGUCAGGCGGGCCUGGAGGUCAUCAGGUGCGAAAGAAGACACUCGGGUGAGCUACAGGCCUACAUAACGAUAACCCACUCACUCAAUGUUCCAUGCACUCACUGCACACAUGGAUGUUUGUCAGGCACCUCUUACUUCAUCUACGCCACCAAGACAUGUCAUGGGAAGCCGCCAACACGCAUGGAGACGGAGGAGAAAACAGACGAGACAAGCAGCCAGCCAACGGCUACAGACGAUCAUCAGGCAGGGCAAGCAAGGCAGUCUACAAGUGAUAGUGCACCCGCGCAGUCAGAAACACCACAAAAGACAGCGAGACAUGCAGAAGACACCUAAGAAUGGCCCACAGCAACAUAAUUGCAUCCAUCCACUUUGGCAACAAUGAAAACCAGUGCGUGUUCGCAUACCUUUCCCACUCACACAAAUAAUGGCAACAAUGUACGAACAUGUUCCGGACAUUGGCGUUUUGCCUGGCUUGCUAACCGCCAUUGAACUGAGACCUGAGACAUGCCAUAUACUGCACACGCAGAGGUGGCGUCAGAGUAGUUAUACACGCAGAGAAGGAGGAUUAAUUUGACGCCAACCAACAAAGCGGAUGCAGUUUCAUGCAGCCUUCCUACCUGUGUGUGAUCCCCAAUGGCGAGAUGACGCGAAGGAGGGGAAAUAGGGGACAUGCAAGUCAAGCUCGCAGUCGAGAUUUUCGCGACGAGAGACGGCCGGCAACCUUUCGUUACAAUCAGGACCCCAACUCAUCAGGCCAGAACGAGGCCAUCCGCGCCUUGUGCGGCGCCUGACGAGGUCAUGCAUGAAGGGGGACCCCGGGGUCCCCCUUCAUGCAUGAUGAAACGAAGCAUUGCUGGCUGUCUGCUGCUUACCGUGCUGUCUACCGUGCGUGUUCAGGCCGCCCGCCACUGUUUCCGUUGGGACGCCGUCGUGGAGGAGGUUAAGGAAAAGUUCAAUCGCUUUGAGUGUGGCAGAUACCGUCGUCAUCCAACUGCGCAUGCUGCAGGCGGGUCACAUCCUCAGCCUCUGGGCCCGCAGACGAGCGCUGAAGGUGAGGUUGGCCGGCACCGACCAUGUGGGGAGCGACUAUCUGUUCCACUAGGAGACCGCCAACCCCAUGACCUCCUCCCGCAAAAGAGACCGCUUGCUGAAAACCGGCAUCCCCUCGGUGCCCGUCUGGCCUGGAAGAGGCCAAGACUCUCAGCCGCACCCACGCCGUCCCGGCCUUCUGCACAGAUAACCACCGCCUCGUCGCGUAUCUGUUCUUCGACCCGAAGGAGCAGGACAGGAUCGGCCAGACAGUGGCAGGCAAGCCGCUUGCCGGGACACCCGAAAUGGGGGUAAUCGUUGCCCAGCACACGAGACUGGACAUGAAAGAGAAAGGACAACACCCUUGCAGCGUGCUCCAGUCUCCUGUCACCGUCGACUACUUCCGCAAGCUCUCUUGACACUCAUUGGUGAGUGUGUGAACAGGGGAGAAAGAGGUUAGUUAGUUGGUGAAUGGGCCUGUUUGUGUGUGAGCAGGCGCCUGCCCCUUCCCACUGCCCCGCUUCGAAGCCAUUGUUCGCUACGUGGAGCCAGUCGUGGCGCGUGUCUCCGAUAAGGUCAUGCAGCUUUGGCCGGAGGACUGCGGCACCUUCAAGGGCAUGGAUGAUGCCCUGGAGGUCGCCCGCUACGCCAUCUGCAAGUAGCGAGUCAAGAAGUUGUUCGAGGACUUCGUCCCGCCGAGCGACCCACCAACGCAAGCCGAGAUAGUGGAAGCACGAUCUUAUUUUGAGC